UACCGGAAUGAAUACAAGUUUCCCUCAGAAGGGGAUUUUAGUGGUCUGCACUAAAUGAAUUCCCACAAGUGUAGUAAAAUAAAUACAUCAAUAACAAGAUGGUUUGCUGUUCUAUACGAAGUGUCGUAUUAUUACUCGUUUAAAUGUAUCGAAAGAUAAAGAAUUGUAGAGAAGAAUCUAUUGGUAUGAAAUUUAUGACGAACAUCCAUUAAGAUUGCUGAUUAAUUCCCUGAACGACUUUAUUCUUGUGAGAGGCCGUUCAUCUAAAAUCAGCAUGCCACAGGACGUUGUACAGAAUCACGCAGGAAAACCUAAAAGCAAGCGUAUUAACAUUCCCCGAGUACAAAGUAGCGCAGAGAGUGAAAUUCACAACCUUCAGAGCCACAGUUUUCGCACAGACAUGGAUGGUGACAGCAUGAUUCCACCGUUGUUUAGAGCUCGGCUUCACGAACUCUUCCUGCAGAUUGAGAAGGAAUUUGAAACUUUGUACACAGAAAAUGUGAAUUUGCAAGAAAAGAUUGAAAAUCUGAAUGAGAAGCUGGAGCGUGAAUCAUUCAUUGGCGAUAAGCAGAGUUAUGACCUCACAGAUUUUGAUAAUUCUUCAUCCAAGAGCUUGUCUAAACAGAAAUCUGUUACAGGAUCUGGGUCCCAAAAAAUCAAGACAGCACACAAACUGAAGGCCCAGACAAGCAAGAUUGUGUCCAGUUUCAAAGGGCCCACUGUAAGUUGCUCUCUUGUACGAGAGUACUCUGGCCACAAGGAUGGGAUAUGGGAUGUGGCUGUAGCUCGUGCUGGACAGCCCAUUAUUGGGACAGCUGCAGCAGACCACACUGCAUGUGUGUGGAGCAUCGAGACAGGUCGAUGUCUACUCCAGUACCAGGGACAUUCGGGUUCUGUCAACUCUAUUCGUUUUCACCCCAGCCGAGACCUGGUUCUGACAGGCAGCGGUGACCAGACGGCUCACGUGUGGCAAGCUGUGGUCACGUGGGACCAGGCGAAAGGACACUCGUCAGAAGAAGACAUAGAUCUAUGUGAGAAAGAUGAGUAUGAGGAGGAAGUGGGUACAUCAGAGGGAAUGCCAAGUCUGCGCACUCCUGUCUGUGAGUUUACAGGUCAUACGGGUGUUGUGAUGGCAGCAGAUUGGUUGCCUGGUGGUGAUCAGGUCAUUACAGCCUCGUGGGAUCGAACAGCCAGCCUGUAUGACGUGGAAACCAGAGAACUGCUACAGUCGCUUAGUGGUCACGAUCAGGAACUGACUCACACUUCAUCCCACCCUACCCAACGCCUUGUCGUUACAUCAUCACGGGACUCCACAUUUCGGCUGUGGGAUUUUCGUGAGCCGAUCCAUUCCGUCUCGGUAUUCCAGGGCCACACAGAGACAGUGACAUGUGCAGUGUUCACAAGGGAAGACAAAGUGGUGUCAGGAUCAGAUGACAGAAGUGUCAAGGUAUGGGACCUACGCAACAUGCGGUCCUCACUCGCAACAAUCCGAUCUGACUCGGCAGCAAACCGCCUGGCCGUUUCAAACACCGGAGUAGUGGCUAUUCCUCACGACAACAGACAAGUGCGACUCUUCGAUCUAGGUGGUCAGCGGCUUGCCAGACUGCCUAGAACAAGUAGACAGGGACACCGGCGUAUGGUGAGUUGUGUGGCAUGGGGAGAUGAUUCAGCAAACCUCUCUUGCAAUUUCUUCUCCUGUGGGUUCGACCGUCUCAUCCUUGGCUGGUCUAUCAGCACAUGCCUCAAGGAUUCUUAAUAAGCACAUGCUUCUAUAAUAUGUACAUAUGUGUCAGUAGUAACGGUGUUGACAUAUUAGUUAUAAUCUCUUGUUAUCACAUCCUAAAAUUUGUUUUGAAAUGUUUUAAUAUACAUGUAUUUAAACAUAAGUGCAAUGUUAAUAAAUAAUUAAACAACUGUUGAUCACAGCUCUUGAAAAUAUCCAAAAAGCACUGAAUAAAAUGCAGCAGUGGCGCUAUUUAAUGUU